AUGCCGCGAAAGGAGACAAAGUUGAAGAGGACCUCACCUCGAUCGCCAUCGCGCAGCGCCACCCCUUUUUCCGAUUAUUUCACCAAACCCGGCUCGUCGCGACGGCGAAAGAUCACAUCGGGAAAUCGCGUACCCAGUUCAAGACGGCGUCGAAAAGGAUCGGCAAAAGGAUCAACCAAGGGACAUGCGAGGGGAGGGGGUCGUUCGGAAGGCCGCUUAAGCCCCUCCCGGGAGCUGCGUUCGCCCGCGCUGGAAGGGGGGGAUCCCUCUGGCGAGCCUAACGUCGAGGACGCGCGUGGGGGUGUCGAGGGCGACGCGCCACCACCCGUUUCUCGACCGCGCGUGCUCCAGCAGCUGGCGGAUCGCCUCGCGCAUUCCUUGGAGGCGUUGCGCGAGAGUCUCGCGGAGAAGGAGCAGUGCUUGGCGGCCUUGGAGGAGCAAAAGCGCGCCGCCGAGUUUCAGAUUUCGAAUGUGUUUCAGCGGAGGCCCACCUCCCCUCCCAAUCUCAAUCGCAUCCGACAAGAAAAGGUGCAGCUCGAGACGGAGAUUGAAAAAACCAACCACACCAUUCGGGAGUUGAUUGCCCUCUCGAAUCGUCUUGAUCAGAUCCGGCAACAUCGAACGAAGAGCCUCGGUAGUGCGAAGAAAAAGCUUGAAAUGGAAAUCAAAGAGCUCGAAAUUGAAAAGCAGAUGAACGCCUCUAUCAUUCGCGAGGGUUUUGUGAAUCGUAUUAAUCUGCUUCGUCGUUAUUGGCCGUGGCGGCAACUUCUCGAACUGGGCGAUACGACGGUGGCGUCGACCUUUGAGGAGGAGUUGAAGCGGGGACCGCGCUACCGCAACGUCGGGCUGCAAAACAACGUCCAAUCCGAUUAUCUUGAACAGCAAAUUAAGUGGUUGGAGACCCUCCAGACUCGCGAAAGUGCCUUUCAAAAUCGUCUCUGGCAACUCGAAAAGUUCGUGGAGGAUCUCUACGAUAUCAACGAUAUGAUCGAAGAGGCACUUUUGUGCAAAGUGUGUGGGUUGCUCUAUGAUGAUCCGGUUCUUUUCUGGCCGUGCGGGCACUCCUUUUGCCACGACUGCUUCCAGUCUUUAGCGAUUGCUCCUAGUCUUUACCGCUGCCCGAUCUGCGGCAGCAUCGACAGCGAGGGGUUCGUGCAUAACUUACUUUUAGGGGAUACCGUGGCGAAGUGGAUGUUUAAAGAUCUGGGUUUCAACGGCCUGCAGGCCCCUCUUAGUAGCAUUCGCAUCCAUCUCAUGCGCUUUCAAAAAACCCACUCGGAUAGUAAGCUAGUAAAGCUAAAACAAAUUCUGAAGGAGCAAACGUUCAAGGAAAGCCAAGGUGGUGCGUCGGAUAGCAACGAUAUCACAAUUUCAUAUCGAACAUACUAA